AUGGGGCCCGAAUCUCGACUCCGGAGCCGGGCUGGGUUCCUGCUCUCGGCCGGGGGCUCUGCUGGGUCCCGGUGCCCCGGCCCGGGCCGGCUGUCGGGAGCGGGCCUGGCAGCGCGGUUCCUGCCGGCCGCAGAGCGCAGCGCGCCCGCCCCUUGCGCCCGGCUGCGGGAUGAGAACGAGAAGCAGCGAUGGCCGGGUAGGCGACCAGAGUGCCGACACAGCCGCCGGAUGAAGCCAGCCCAGCGGAGGGAGUGGGAUGGCGCACAGGGGGGCAGCCCGCCCUCGAAGAUGGCAGAGGGUGGCGAGGGCCAUCCGGGCAGCCACGCCUGGCAGGACCUGGAGGUGACGGGGAUCUGGCCAGCCAGCGCCCGCUAUGCCCAGCCCACGCCCAAGUGGGGUGAGGCUGCAGCCCAGGGCAGGCGGCCAGAGGGCCCGGGGGUGUCGUGGGCCCAGCCGGAGCCCCCCAAGGCAGGCCCAAGGGCAACAUGGGGUCCCAAGCUGCACUCGGCCCUGACGGGGUGGCCCCGGGGUGGGGACCCCCCACGAACCCCGCCCCCGAAACCACGGGGCCCCUACCGCAGCCGGCUGGCCGGCCCCGGCUGGCUCCUCCCACCGGAAGCGGCAGGAGUGGGCGUCUCACCGUCACCCCCCGAGGGCUCACUGGAGGACAACCUGCUGCUGAUCGACGCCCAGGGCGUGCCCUACACGGUGUCCAGGCAGGACUUGGAGGCGGGGCCGGCCCCAGCCCCCCGGCGGGCGCACUGCUGCCCCGUGUGCCGGCGGGCCUUCCUGUACCUCUCGGACCUGGAGCGGCACCGUAUCAGCCACUCGGAGCACAAGCCCCACCUGUGCCGGGCCUGUGGCAAGGCCUUCAAGCGGGCCUCCCACCUGCAGCGGCACCGGCACAUCCACACCGGCGAGCGCCCCUUCCGCUGCGCCGUCUGCCAGAAGGGCUUCCGGGAGUCGGGCGAGCUGCUGCGACACCAGCGGGUGCACACGGGCGAGAAGCCCUACCAGUGCCCGCUCUGCCGUCUGCGCUUCACCGAGCGCAACACCCUCCGGCGGCAUGCCAAGCGCAAACACGCCCGCGAGGCCUGCUACCAGGGCGCCGGGCUGGGUGCCUGGGCCGACGGGGGCGAGGGCCGGCCCCGGUGGGCAGGGGAGGGUGGCCAGGAGACGGCCCCCGCUAGGACCCGGCGGCGGCGGAAGUGGGGCGGCCCCAGUGAGGUGGGGCUGGGCCGGGGGGGCCGGUUCCGUCUCCGGUGGGGGCGGCGCUUCCGGCCGGGCCUGUCCGAGCUGGGAUCCAGCAGCGGCCCCCCCCCGGCCCGCAGCCCCCCGGCCCCCCCGGAGCCUCCCGCGCCCCCCGCCCGGAGCCGGUCCCGGGGCCCCCGAGAGCGUCCCUCCCCGGAGGAGAUGGAAGCGAAUGCGAGCGACGAGGGCGUCCAUUUCCAGAGCUACCCCUUCGACUUCCUGGAGUUCCUGAACCACCAGCGCUUCGAGCCCAUGGAGGCCUACAACCAGGAGCAUGCCAAGGCCGUGGCCUCGCUGCCCUGCCCCCAGCCCCCCUACGAGUACCCCCCGCCGCCCGCUGGCACCCCCCACUUCGACCGCCCCGCCCCUGCCAAGCCCAAGGACUUCAAAGCCGAAGGCCCCGCCCCCUCCGCCUCCGGCACCGCCCAGCCCAAGAAAGCCGAGCCCGGCACCGGCCCCCCGCAGCAGUACAGCGCCGCCGCCCCGCCGCUCUUCGAUGGGGCGGGGGCUUUCGGCGCCCCCCAGUGGGGCAUCGUGGACCUCUCGGGGCACCAGCACCUCUUCGGGAGCCUCAAGCGGGGGGUGGGCACGGCCCCGGCCCCGGCGGCCCCGGCUGACAGCCCGGCCGGCAAAGACGACAAAAACUAUUUCCGGCGGCUGAAGUACUUCAUCGACCGGCGCUUCCCCUGCGGCGUGUGCCAGAAAUCCUUCAAGCAGUCGUCCCAUCUGGUGCAGCACAUGCUGGUGCACACCGGCGAGCGGCCGUACGAGUGCUCCACCUGCGGCCGCACCUACAACCACAUCUCCAGCCUCAUCCGCCACCGGCGCUGCCACAAGGAGCCGCCCGAGGCCGGCCCAGCCACCGCCACCCCACCACCACCGCCGGCCCCCGCCGGGGGCACCCAGCCGGCCGGGGAAGGCAGCCCCGGCCCGGCCCACCCCGAUGGCCCCUUCACCUGUUCCCUGUGCUGGAAGGUCUUCAAGAAGCCAAGCCACCUGCACCAGCACCAGAUCAUCCACACCGGCGAGCGGCCCUUCAGCUGCUCUGUCUGCGAGAAGAGCUUCAACCGGCGCGAGAGCCUCAAGCGCCACGUCAAGACCCACUCGGCCCUGCUGCGGGUGCCCUGCGGCGUCUGUGGCAAGGAGUUCCGGGACGCCGCCUACCUGCUCAAACACCAGGCCUCCCACACUGGCCCACGCCCUGACUACAAGUGCGACGUGUGCGGCAAGGCCUACGCCGCGCCCCAGAGCCUAUUGCGCCAUCGCCAGCUCCACGAAGGGGCCGCCGCCCUCCCUAAGGACGCCCCGGCCACCGACUCGGCCCCGGCCGCCUACCAGGGGCCCUUCCUGCUCCCCAACGAGGCCCCCCACACCGAAGGGGAGGCCAAGGCGGCUUUCGGCAACGCGGCACUGCUGGGUCCCCACCCGCUGCUGCUGGGGGCCGGCAAGAGCUUCUGCUGCGGCAUCUGCGGGCGCGGCUUCGGCCGGCGGGAGACGCUGAAGCGGCACGAGCGGAUCCACACAGGUGAGAAGCCGCACCAGUGCUCGGUGUGCGGCAAGCGGUUCCGGGAGUCCUUCCACCUCACCAAGCACCACGUGGUGCACACCCGGGAGCGGCCCUACAAGUGUGAGCUGUGCGGCAAGGUCUUCGGCUACCCACAGAGCCUCACCCGCCACAAGCAGAUCCACCGGCUGCAGCUGCCCUGCGCCCUGGGGCCCGCCGGCGCCCUGCCCGCCGAGGGGCUGAGCUACGGCUGCUCCGACUGUGGCGAGCGCUUCCCCGACCUCUUCCACGUCAUGAGCCACAAGGAGGCCCACAUGGCCGACAAGCCGUACGCCUGCGACGUCUGUGGCAAGUGCUUUGGCUUCAUUGAGAACCUCAUGUGGCACAAGCUGGUGCACCAGACGGCGCCCGAGCGGCUGCUGCCGGAGGGGGCCUGCACCGAGGCUGCCCCGCCUCCGGGGCCCACCGGCUGCCUGGAGAACGGGCUCCCCGGGGAGGCGCCGGCCGGUGCCGCCGCCGGGCUGGCCUCCCUGGUGGCCCCGUCCGAGGAGCACCCCAUGAUCCCCAGCGGGGAGCGCUUCACCUGCGGCAUCUGCGGGCAGAGCUUCAAGCACUUCCUGGCGCUGGUGACCCACAAGUACGUGCACCUGGUGAGGCGCACGCUGGGCUGCGCCGUGUGCGGGCGCAGCUUUGCCGGCGCCUACGACCUGCUGCUGCACCGCCGCACCCACCUGCAGAAGCGCCACUUCAGCUGCUCCGUCUGCGGCAAGCGCUUCUGGGAGGCGGCCCUGCUGAUGCGCCACCAGCGCUGCCACACCGAGGAGCGGCCCUACCGCUGCGCCGUCUGUGGGCGCGGCUUCCUGCGCUCCUGGUACCUGCGCCAGCACAAGGUGGUGCACACGGGCGAGCGGGCCUACAAGUGCGCCCUGUGCAACAAGCGCUUCGCCCAGUCCUCCAGCCUGGCCGAGCACCAGCGCCUCCACGUGGUGGCCCGGCCCCAGCACUGCCAGACCUGCGGCAAGACCUUCCGCUACCGCUCCAACCUGCUGGAGCACCAGCGCGUGCACCUGGGGGAGAAGGUGUACCGCUGCGACCUCUGCGGCAAGAGCUUCUUCUACCUCUCGUCCAUCCUGCGGCACCAGCGGGCCCACAACGCCCGCCGCGACCUGCGCUGCUCCGCCUGCCUCAAGCUCUUCAAGGACCCCAAGUACUUCAGCAAGCACGUGCAGACCCACCAGGGCGGGCACCCCUUCAAGUGCAGCACCUGCGGUGAGGCCUUCGCCAACACCUAUGGCCUGAAGAAACACCGGCACCUCCACAAGCUGGAGCGCCUGGCUGCCCUGGGCCACAAGGACCCCUGAGGGAGAGAGACGGGGUGGCAGGCUGGGAGGGGAGAUUCCUUAGUGCCAUGUAUCCACCAGGGGUAGGAGGCAGGUGGGGGGCAGACCCUUUAGUGCCAUGUAUCCACUGGGGUAGGAGGUAGGUUGGGGGGCAGACCCCUAAGUGCCACAUAACCACCGGGGGAGGGCGGCAGGUUGGGGGGCAGAUCCCUUAGUGUCAUGUGUCCACCAGGGGGGCUGGCAGGUUAGGGGGCAUACCCCUUAGUGCCACGUAUCCCCUGGGAUUGGGGGCAGACCCCUUAGUGCCACAUAACCACCGGGGGAGGGCGGCAGGUUGGGGGGCAGAUCCCUUAGUGUCAUGUGGCCACCAGGUGGGCUGGCAGGUUAGGGGGUAGACCCAUUAGUGCCACGUAUCCACCAGGGGUAGGAGGCAGAUUGGGGGCAGACCCUUUAGUGCCAUGUGUCCACUGGGGUAGGAGGUAGGUUGGGGGGCAGACCCCUAAGUGCUACAUAACUGCCAGGGGAGGGUGGCAGGUUGGGGGGCAGAUCCCUUAGUGUCAUGUGUCCACCAGGGAGGCUGGCAGGUUAGGGGGCACGUAUCCACUGGGGUGGGGGGCAGGUUGGGGGCAGAUCCCUUAGUGCCGCGUAUCGACUGGGUAGGGGGCAGGUUGAGAGGAGACCCUCUGUGGUGGCCCCCCGUUUCCAUGGAGGAUACUAGGACUUGGCAGCCCCCUUGGGUGACUGCGCCCACCCCGCUGGAGGACAUCUCGGCCCCUCCCGAUUUAAGGGAGCUUCCUCCACCCCCACGAACCCAGCCACGGCGCCCCCGCUGAUGGGCCAUGGACUCCCCACCGGGCAGAACAUGCUGGACCUGGUGCUGCCAAGGGGGCGAGACCCCCAAUGCUUUCCUAGACGCGGCCCCAUCCAGCUACCCCCCCUGGACUGACGGGGGGAGAUUGAUGGGUCUCGCCAGCUGACUGUGCCCAGUGGUGCAGGCUGGGAUUCUGGCGGACUGAGGUGGGCACGGUGCCCAACAAACGGACCCCCUGGCCAGCAUCUGGACAGCAGCACCCAGGCAGGGCUUGACACAGAUGGGAGCAAAGGCCGGGGGUACCCCGGACUUCUCCCUCCCCACGCAGCCGCCUGGAGCUGGGGCUGGCCAGGACCUGAAAUCCCGCUAGAGGGGCCUAGGUCUGCUCUCCCUAUUGCUGUCUGAAGGAGGCGCUCUCUGCAGGACCCGUCGCUCACGCUGUGGGGACUCCGGCCACCCACGUGCUGCUCCCCGGGGCUGGAGACUAAUGCUGUGGGGCUGCUUUCCUGCCGACUGGUGACUCCCCCAACUCCCCGUUAACAGGGUGGACGCAGGCCAGGCCCAAGAUGGACGAGGAGCUGUGCCACGAUUCGCUGGCAAAGCCCCCAGGCGGCUCUGCAGUGCCCAGCACAGCUGGAUGGGCCCUUGGGUGUCCUGGCUCCCGUGUGGAGGUGGUAAUCAGGGUGGUGGUGGGGGAGCUGGCUGUGCAGUGGUGCUGCCUUCCCCCGAGUGGGGCCAGCCCUGGGGUUCAGACCGCCGGGGGGGUGGGGUGUCUGCCACAGCGAACUCUCCAAGGGUCAGACAGGUCCUAGUGGCUGGAUCUGGGGGUUAACCCAGCUGGUCGUAAGUGCAUGGCCCAGGGCGGGUCUGUUCUAACCUGAACUAGCCAAGUGGAGCAGCCCCAUGCAGGCAGGAAGCUCAGAGCCACGGCCAGAUGCCAGGAGCUGCAACAAAUAUCCCCAGUUCUGGCUAGCUACCUACCCACCCUUCCUCCCUCCCUCCACCCCCAUCCGUCCCUCUUUCCCUUGCUCCAUCCAUCCAUCCCUCCAUCCCCAUCCAUCCAUCUGUCCCUCACUCCAUCAACCUCCCUCCCCAUCCCCAUCCA